AUGUCGUUGGCAAUUAAAUCUUCAGAACAAUUAAAGCAACAAUUAGGGCAACUUGAAAUAUAUUUGAAGGGAAAAAAUGUAAAAAUAUUCAAUUACUCUCAAUUCGAAGAUCUCGAACAAAUCGGUGAAGGGGGAUGUGGAAUCGUGUAUUCCGCAAAUUUCCAGGGUGUGAGAUAUGCGUUAAAAAGUCUAAGAAAAAAUCUACAACUAACUAAAGAAGAAAUUAAAGAGUUUAAACGUGAACUCGAAAAUUUUUACAAGAUUGAAGAACAUCCCAAUAUUAUAAAAUUCUACGGAAUUUCAAGAGACGUUAAUGAUUUUAUGUUUGUGUUACAAUUCGCCAAUGGAGGAAACUUACGAAAUUAUUUAUUUGGAAAACAAAAGGAUGACGAACGUCCUUCUAUGGAUGAAAUUUUAAAAACCCUUAACGGGCUAUCUAAAACUACUACAAAUUUCAAUGUAGAGAAUACAAUAGACAAGGUGUUAAAUUUAUCAGUUAAAUUAUUAGAAUGUUUUGUCAAUUUAACAGAUAACGGAACCGAAUUUAUACAAAUUUCGAAAUCAAUAAAUGAAAUCAUUGACAAAUAUCAAGAAACAUCACAAACUAUAUUUAAGUAUAUAUGCGAAAAUCAAAAUGAUGAUUUAAAAUAUAUAUGUCUUCUUGGAUUCUUUUAUCUUAUGGGGGUUGGGACUAGAGAGGAUCAUGAAACUUCUUUCAAUACGUUUGAAAAAGCAGCAAAAGAAGUUAUAAUAGCGAAAUUUUACCUUGGAGAAUGCUUUAGGUGCGGCUAUGGAACUGAAAAAGAUCCAAUAAAAGCUAUAUCAUGUUCCAAUAGUUGUGUUUCUUGA